AUGAAAAGUAAAACGUGUCGGAAAAUAGCAAGGUUUUUCGGAAGUGAGAGGAAUAAGUAUGUUGCCCCAAAGAGAGUGCUUGGCUUUAUAUGUGGAGUAAUUCUAGGAUUGGCGUUCUACGAGUUAAUACUUGUAGAUCUGAAUUUUACGGAAAAUGCUGCGUUUACAGUAGGAGGCAUUAUAACUAUGAUGAUUUCAAUUGGACUUGCAUUCUCCUCCCAAAUUCGGUGUAUAACCAUGCUAUCGUUUCCAACUUUCGGCGGGCGAGCGGGUCGAGGUGUCCUGAAGGCUGUGGUCGUGGCGUACAUAUUAUCUGGACCGAUUCAAAAUCUAAGCAACAACGGGCAGGAGGUGGUAAGGGUGUUUGCGUGCACGACUGCGUUAACAUUCAAUUUGACUAAGACAAAGUAUGAGUUACUGUUCAAGCCGUUUACACAAGCACUGUUUGGGCUCAAAACGGAUGUUACCGAGGUGAAAGAUACUGUGAGAACUAUUCGGGAUGUGUCCGCACCGAUCGUAGGAGAGGUCGAAGGUGAAGCAGAAAUGAAGAAGUUGAAAGAGGAGAAUGACUACAUUGACUUGGUCAAUCAAAACUCAUUACGAUCGAAAGAAAUUGACGAUAAGUACCGAUCAAAAGGAGAACAAACUGAAGCGGAGCGCUUUGAGAAGAUGUACUUAAAGAAAAUCGAAAUGCGGUGCGAAGACCAAUUUACUCGAGCCGCUGAGAAGUGUAGAAACAUGUUUCAGAGGGGUUACGAUACAUGCUACGAUACUGUUACUUGGCUUGCUGCCUGGUUGUUGUGUUGGCCUAUGAAGUUAACGUUCGUAUGCAACAUCGUGCAGGUUUUGGGCGGUAAGAGCCGCUGCGAUCCAUCAAAAGAUUUGGAUUCUGGCUUUGGUGAAGGCUACACGUACUUGAAAAAAUCGAGCGAUUCACUGACUCAAAAUUUUAAAGACGUAAAAGUCCAAUACAAAAUUACGCGAAUUAAGGAGUUGAUUGACGUGAGACAAGCGACCGAUACCGCAAAAGCCGUCUUGCAUGCGGUGAACGCAAAAAAAGCGUUGUUAGACGAACUCCUGACGCUCCUGAAGCGAAUUCUGGCUUUCGUUUUUUUGCGAAUUAUCGUAAAAGCGCAAAAAUACCACGACAGGUACUUACGGGAGAUAGAAUACGACAACAUCUACAUAACUAGGUAUUUCCGCCAUAUCGAUGCUAGAAGACACACGCAGGAGAAGAUCACGCUGUUGCCACUGAAAAAGGUCGAAAGGAGUAAGCUGGUCGAUCCGUGGGACUGGAAACCGUUAAAAAUGGAACGAGAAGAGCUACUGGGCCAAACCUUAAAGCUACUGUUAGAAAUGAUAACUGCAACAACCUUCAUUCUUCUCGAUCGCUUAUUUUACGAAGCCCUAGACUUGGUACGCCGACACGCUAAAAUCGACUACACGCAAACCGGUCACCACGAUCUCAUGUUGCAAGUGAAAGGCACGGGUAUAAUAGCCUCCAUGUUGAGAUCUGUUCUAAAAGGUUUCAAUGUAAAGAAGCGGAUCAAAACGGUUCGAAGCAACGAGGCCUGUCUGCCUCAACCGACCGUGUUACCAAAUUACUACAUUUUCAAGAUUUACGGUACCUACUUCUGCGUAUGGGUCUUGGUGCUGCUCCAGGCCUAUAUUCACAGGUUACGACCGGCAAUCUGUGCGAUUUUCUACAGGAAAAGAGAAAAACGACGCAUACUGUACUUAUACAACGAGACUCUCAGGAGACGAAUCAGUUUCUUUAGGUACAUGAAGAACAAGGUGAAGAAAUUGGUGAGGGAGCGUCGUCUUCAAGAUGAUCUGAACAUCUUUACUGUGUUGCGUGUACGUUUUCCAAAAGCUUGCAAGUGCCUGCGUUUUUUUGCGGCAGCAAGGCGAAAGUGUUUAAUAUGUGGGGAACCGGAACCGCGCAAGAAAUCAAAUCUUCCCGGUGAUUUUGAGAAGUGCGCGACACCCACGUGCCAUUUCGUGCAUUGCGCCGAAUGUUGGUACGAUGUGGGCAGGCAGUGUCUCGCCUGCGCAGAAUCCGGUUCCGAAGAAAGCGAUUUUCAAAGUUCCGAUGAGGGUGACUCAGACUAA